UUCUCCCCCUGACUUAAAUAGGCCUACCUCAGUUCAGCUUUUUACAACAAUCUAAGUGUUAGUUUCUGUUUUCUAUGUAGGAAUGCCAUCUACUCGAAAGCCACCGGAUUCCCGGUCAUUUACUUCGCAUUGUGCACUUUUCAUUCUUCCUCUUUCAGUUUAAAGAUUCUUGCGUCUGCCUUUCGCUGAUUACAUUUAUAUUAGGAGAGUUUCGCUCCUUUGGUUUAUUGCCGGGCGGAGGUUUUGCGAAGCGGGAGCGCAGGUUCGGAGCGCAGGUUUGGGACCCUGGGGCUGCGACCAUGUGGGCAGCGCCGUGAUCGCGAAUAACUUCGAAUGAAAUAACGGCGGGAUAUCUAAAAUCCAAAGCUGGAUUCCUCACUGUUUAAAAAGGGUUUUGCAAAGCUUCUGUCUUGUGGAUAGGCUAAACGCUGAGGUUCUGCUUCCUUGUUUAAAUAAGUGUCGUCGUACUGGUAUGAGUGUUGUAGUUAAGUUUAUCUGUCCCGGAGGAUUCAAGUCCGAACAUCUGGGUAUACUCGGCAUAUAAAUAGCUUUUUUUAAAAAACAACCGCUGAAACACUGAAAACAGACUGAAAGGACACUGCGACAGCAGCUUGAGGGCUGCCAGUCAUCGACACACCGUAUGACACCCUCCGGAAAUAACAGCACUAGCUUAUUCUGACAGAAGAAAAAUUCUCUUCACCAUGGCCUGGGUAAAAUGGCGAUGGAUUCAACUAAUUGGAUGCAUGAUUCUGCAGGUCCAGGGUGAAGACUACAUUUACAAUGCGACGGUCAAUGUGCCGGUUGGUGAGAACGUCAUGUUGACCUGCUCUACCUCAGCCACCUAUAAGGAGCAGGACCUGCGUGUCUUCUGGCAGCGAGAGAAUUCGCAAGGAACCUCCCCUGCAGAUGUGCUGAUGAUUUUCAAGAUGGGCGAAAUCAAUGACAAAUUCCAAAAGGAAAGCUAUCGUGGUCGAGUGAUAGUCUUUCCCUACGAACUGCCCAGGGGGAACUUCAGUCUGUUACUGACAUCGGUGCAGAUUAAGGAUGCCGGCCUUUAUGAAACAAUUGUCAUAUUUAACAAUGACAAGAAGAAGCAGUACUGCAGGAUUCAGCUCAAUGUUGGAGCCCCCUUCAGCAAGCCUCAGGUGACCAUGCAAGGUUGUAAGGAGUCCUCGUGGCCCUCGGAGAUCCGCUGCGAGACCUGGGGUGGAUUCCCAAAGCCGGUCAUCCACUGGAUUGUGGGGAAUCAGACGAUCAACUCAGACCAAGUGAAGAUCAAUAGCAGCACCACCAACGGAAGCAUCUCUGUGACGAGCACACUGCACCUCCGGACUCAGGAGGAAAUUCCGGUUAACUGCAUUGUGGAAAACCCAGUUCUCCUUACCAAUGAGAGCACUACAGAGACAAUCCAUCACUGUGCUGCUCCUGCUUCCAGUUUGCACGGACUCCUGGUUCUGGUUCUGGUCCCGAUUCUGCUUAUCCAGGCGAUGCUUGUUUACUUCUUCUGUUUCUCCCAGAAAAAAUAUGCCUGUAGAUCGAACCAGGAGCAGCAUCCACAAGGUGCGCAGUGCAGCAUAGAAUACUGCUGCACGCCCUGGCGGGCGGGGAUCACAGGAUGACGCUAAUGUUACCAUAGAUCUCUUAGACAUCGAGUAAGCUGUAUGGAGGCUUCCUUGCUCUGCCCACAGGUCGAGUGGAUCCUCCAGGUACAACUCAGGGGUGACUCGCCCACACAAUCGGCACCUCCGCCGCAGCCACUGAUGAGCCACCGAUGAGCCACCGAUGAGCCACCGAUGUUCUAAAAGGUCAGGGAUGUCCCAAGGAAAAUCAGCGAGUUUCCAGACUUAGGAGGGGGAAGAAGUUUCACUGAAAUGGCCGCUGGGAGGCGCUUGGUGCUGGAUCGUAACGACAUGGUCUGCCUGGAGGAAUGAACCCUGAGGCCGGUGACCGGCCGACGAAGGAGAUCACUUUGUGCUGCUUCUUCUCAUGAAGCUGAAGAUCACCUUGCAGAGACCAUAGUCUGUUCUGACUGGGACUUAAUGUGAUGCUGCUCACCAACUACCUCUUCAUGUGUAUAAUUUAUUCCUGUGUCUUGCAAUGUUAUAUAAUGUUAUACUUAACCGUACUAAUCCGCGUUGUCGUGUUGGCCUUAGCACAUUGUAUUCGUUAUUUGCCUGCUGAUGUGGGCAUUAAGUGCUUUCGGCAGAUUUGUGUUUUUUGUGCUGGGUCUUAAUGACGUCGAGGUGUUACUGAAGUCUCGCUGCUACUGUAAACAUAUCAGAAUUUCUCAUUUUUAAAAUGACCCAAAGGAGGCAUUUUGUUAAAAAAAAAAAAAGUAAAUUAAGGUAACCUUUUUUGACGUCAGCCCUAAACGCAGCGAUGGGAGACUCGAGUUGACUGGUUUGCUCUUUCUCGGGGAAUCCCUAACUGCCCGAGAUCAGGGCUUUCAGCCUGGAUAGGUGGAUGCAUAGAAGAUCGAAGCAUAUUUCUAUUUUUUUCAGUGACUAUUACAUCCAUCCCAAUUAGUCUGGUCGCCGUAAGAUAAGAGACCAGCCAUCACGACGAGAAUGUGAACGGCUCUUCCUGAGUGACUUUGCUUUAAAAAAAAAACUGAAAAUCAGCUCACAAAGAGACACAUUGUGAGCUGAUUUUCAGUUUUUUUUUUUAAAGCAAAGUACUUUGACACAUAGCACUUUUAAAAUAUAAUGUUCUCUUGUAUCCUUUGAGUACGUAAAUACUAACUACUGUUGCGUUCUGUGGUGACAGAAUUCAUUCUAAACAUGAUUGUACGAGUUGGACUUAUUAAAUAUUGAGGGCGACAUGAAAAAGCAAUUUGAUUUGCAAUGAACGAAACGAUUAGAACACGCGAGAAUCUGCCGUUUCUUGUACGUACAGACAAUACUGUGGUGUGACGGUUUGAUGCUCUCGAGAAGAAAGAUGCCUUUUCUUAUAUCCACCGCACGACGUCUGAGUCCUACUCGCUGCACACGGCUGCAUUGGUCUAUGAUUCUGCUGAGCUCACAUUCCUGUAAUUUCCCAGGAAGAAAUGUAUUUUAUAACGUGUCAGUAGAUUGAAACAUUCAUAUUUAACUUUAUGUUCAGAGGCAAAAAAAUAAACUUAAUAUUAUUUAAAUCUGCGAGAUUUGUGCUGACGUAGUGACCUGGAGUCGGAUUUAAUGCCUCACUUUCUGCACGAAAUGAACGGAAUUUAAAAUAACUCUUUUAAUAUAUAUAUAUUUUACAUGUAUAUAUAUGGCUGUCACUUAGACAACGUGUAAGGACGUGUUAUAAAUAUCGUACAAGCAAUUUGUAUACCAGCGUGAAUUAUAGCUACAUAUUGCCACCAACUAACCCUGUAAAUACGAAGCAAGACAUAUAUAGACUAUAUACAACAAGUGCUCGUAAUCAUGGGAUGUCAAAUGUUUUAUUUACAAUAAAUGAGUUUUGUUGUGUAA